AUGGGGUGGUACGACAAGGAUGUGUGGGACUCGAAACUUUGGAGGAUAAAGUCGUCAAAGACACGUCCGAAGAAGAAGAAGGAGAAGAAGAAAGCAGAGGUCAAACAAAAUACAGUCCCCGCGAAUAACGAGAAGGAAUUCUCCAACAAAGAAUGGAAGGACAUGGGGAAAGCAUCCAGUUUUGAUUUUAAGAGUAAAAAGGUGGAGGAUGCCAAGUUUGCGCAGAAAUUCAAGGAGAUGAUUGAUGAUGUCGAAGACGAGGACGAUUAUGACGACGACGAGGUAGCUGAACAUCGUAAUGUCACCGAUCUCACGGUCACCUGGUUUCUGCUUGUAGGUGAUGCCAUCACGCACUACAAGACUGAAACGCAAGACUACUACGUUUGGGACAUGGGGAAGAUGAACCAGAUAGACAAGCUGAUGGAGAAUGUUUCUGUAUCGGAUGAAUCAGACUGGUUGAACAUCACCGACAAAUGGAAGACAUCUGAGGCCUAUCAAGCCUAUAGGAGACUUCAUCCAGAAUCCGAGCAGUAUGAGAGGCCAGAGUCAGAAUUUGUAAUGAUUGGCCGUAAUGAGUCAGAGGAUAAUGCCUACGCAGAGCAGUACCUUGCCGAUAUGAUGGAGAAAGUUGACGCGUACAACAAAAAGAAGAAGGCAGAAGCGUUAAACCAGACAAAGAUAGAAAAAGAGAGGCAAGUGAAUCGAAGCAAGACUGAGCUCAUGCCGUUGACAAAGGAUGCCACGGAGAAGCCGAAAGGCUUUGGGGGCAUAGGCGUUGUCUUUGAGCUUCGGCAGACUAUCUUACGCCAAAAGUCGAUUACAAAAACAAGGGAAAAAUCAGGAGAGAUCUACGAGGAUAGCAAGGAAUAUCUGCCGGUGGUCGAUCAAAUUCUUCCUGAUAGUCCAGCACGAAAAAUUGGGAAGAUCAAGCCAGGGGACAUUUUGCUGUCCGUUGGAGAUAAGAGCACGAAGGGGAUGGAAGUUCAUCAAUUGGCUCCAUACAUCCUCGGCCCGGUCGGGAGCUCAGUGUCGUUGAAGUUUAGAAGGGGAAUGGAUGUGUUUGUUGUCUCCCUUCGACGGCAGGCAGUGGGAGGAAACGUGUUGAAACAACUUCCUUCCGUCGUCGAACACGAUCUCGCCGCAAAAGAGGGAUCUGCAGCCCAGCAGGCUUCACGCACCUUGAAUACUUCAUCGUGGAACGUCCUCAUCAAGAAACCGAAACGCAAGAAGACAAAGGCAGCUGCCAUCACAAGAGGGAAGCCGAGCACGCCUCAGGAGCUACAGCGUGCUGCAGUCGUGUGCAGGGCCUGCGACGGUUUCACGACCGCCCAUCCGACUGUCGACCAUGCCCUCGGUCGAUGUGAAGGGGUCGACGAUUUCAUCACCGUGAUCCGCAACAUCUCCACCCUCAACGGUCCUCAAACGCCCUUCUCGCUGUUACGGUUGCAUAACGAUCCAGACACGGUCGGACCUGCAGAACCGCAGGGGAGCGUGUGGCUGGAAUCAACGCACAAAAGCGCGAUACUGUCCUGCAAGGACGAAGAGUCCGAUAUCUCUCUGGUGGGACUGAGCUUCCGGCACUCCUUCAUUGGGCCAGAGUACGUCCGCGACUCCUUGCCCUUCGUCUGGACGAGCUGCCUCAAGGCAGAACAAGGGAAGUUGACCAUAUCUCGAUGCACCGUCCUCUGUGAGGGCGGGGUAGGACUGUUCGUUGACUUCCGCUCCGACGUCGAAUGCUUUUCCUCCUCCUUCAGCCACAACGGGGGGGACGGAGUGGUCUGCGUCAACGGUGGUCAGGUCAAACUGGAAGACUGUGACCUUGGCUUCAACGGCAAGAGCGGCCUGUACUGCACGGACCCAGUGUCGCUCAUCAGGGCGACCUCCUGCAGGAUCCGGGGCAACGAGUUUCAGGGCGCCUGCGUGACCAGAGGCGGGUACCUGCACCUCAUCAACUGCUGGCUAGAGGAGAACAAGGAGUCGGCGGUGAGCUCCUUCAACUCCGGGUCCAGCUUCGACCUCAUCAACUCCGACCUCGUUGGCAACGCGCAUGGCGUCCAUGUGGAGGACGGCGGGUGCGGGAUCUGUGUGCGGUGCAGGGUCGUGGGGAACAAGGAGUUCGGCGCUAUAGCAGUCGGCGAUGGCACUGGGCUGGUCCUCCGGUUCUGUCAGGUAGGCCUGCUCUUGCCCUGCUGGGAGCUCUCGACUGAAGAUGCUCCUCCUGCGCACCAGGUUGAAGGGAACUACAUCGGGGUUGCCACUGAGGAGAAAGCAACCAUCGCCUUGAUGGAGACGAGAGUUGACAAGAACACUCUGACAGAAGCGAGCAACCUGAAGAACGAGGGAGUGAUCUCUGGACUUCAGGACCUCAACCUGCGGAGCAAGCGGGAGGAGGAGCUGUUCGAGUUGGAGCCGGAGAUCGAUCAGUAUUAG